CGAUCGGUCACAGUGCUAUAAAAAUCCCAUCGUUCCCACUCACAAACCAACCCAACACCCGGCGGUCCACUAUCCAGAUCCAGAUUCUCUAUCCUGACCCUGCUCCUGCGAUCCCCAACCGACCCUGCUCCUGCGAUCCCCAACCCCAAUCCAAGGAACAGACCAAGAGCAACAGGGAGACCAUGAGCGCCAUGGUCGCGUCGUCGCUUAACCCGGAGGCCCCGCUCUUCAUCCCGGCAGCGUUCCAGCAGGUGGAGGACUUCUCACCGCAGUGGUGGGACCUCGUCAAGUCCACCGCCUGGUUUCGCGACCACUGGUACCACCAGCACCAGCAGCUCGACGAUAUGGCCGACUCCCUCAUGGCCUUGGAGGCCGAGGACGCCAUCGCCGUCGAGGCUUCGCAGCCGCAGCCGCCAGCGGCACUCAAGAUUGACGGGGUGCUCAAGGCGCUGAGCCUGGCGUCCCCAAGCCCAAAGGGUGGCUUCUCGGAGAAGCCUAGGUACACCGAGAAGCCCACCAAGUACGCCGGCAGCCCGAGGAGCGGUGGCGCACCGCGCUUCAUCCACCAGCCUCGCUAGGUUGGGAUGUCAAGCUUCAAGAAUCGAGCAAAUCCUGCGCCUGCAGUGAUGCAUUGCUCUGGCUGCCGCCGCCGUCUCAUCUUUCAAGUCUUCUUCUACUAGUAGUAAGUAGUGGUGUCCGUUUGUAUAUUAUAUUAAGUACGUAGAAAUGAAAUGACCUAAGAAAAAGGCAACAAAAUGCAACCGAUGUUCAGUGUGAUUUGCCUUGCAAGUUAUGUUCUGCUCA